GUGAGAGACCAGAGGGAACCGCGGUGAACGAGAGAGAGCACUUCCUCACGUGCACAAAAACAGACAGAAGCACAAGGAGGCAAGCCAUUUUCCUCACACAUCUACUUCACUCUUCCACCUGCGCACACUCAUAGCAGAGCAGAAUGUUGCACUGGAGGCUCCCCCUGGCACUGUGUGUGUGGUCCAUGUGUGCGUCUCCGACCCUGACCUACGAGGACGACAUCGAAGUCAACUACGCCGACACCUACUACAAUGAGAUCACAGAGGACGAGACGCCAGAACCCACACCGAGUGCUACCCCCUGUAGUUCGCCAGACCUCACCAAGUGGGACAAAAUCUUCUCAAUGCUGGAGAACAGCCAGAUGAGGGAGAACAUGCUUCUCCAGUAUGCUGAUGACAUUGUCAAAGUGGAGAUGGGCUCUCUGCGUGGGGAAAUACUCAGGUUUGUGGCCCAGUACGGGGGUUCUUGUGGGGUUGCUGUGGAGACAGCAGGAAGGAGGAUGGCCAUGCAGCUGGAAGGACGCCUAAGGGAAUCCCUUGAAAGACUAAAAUUUGGAGAUUACGUUCCCACUGCCGGUGGGAAUUCAAAUAAUUUGGAGGCAAUGCUACAACAGCUUCUCUCCACCGCGCGAAUCCAAGCGACCCGCCUCGGCAAACUGGAAAGCAGCUGCUUCAGCAACCCGGGGAGCGCCAAGGCAACAUCGGAACUUCCACAGGGCGGAAGCAAUGGCCAUAGAGAGCAGGAGGUCACAACACAAGAGGUAGUUUUGGAGGGAGUCUUGGCCUUGCUGCAGCAGACAAGAAUGGAGCUCCAGGAGGUGCUGAGUUUAUCACGGCACAGGCACUUACCUGCAGGUAACAACAUGGCAAUCCUCUUCCCCAUGCGCUCCCGUCGCAUCUACGCUGCAGUGAUACCGGAUGUCCCACUUUCACUGUCCUCCUUCACCGUGUGCCUGUGGGCGAAGCCGGUCACGGUCUCCAAUAAAACGGUUCUCUUCUCUUAUGGCAACCGUCGUAACCCCUAUGAGAUCCAGCUCUUGCUCAGCCACACGUCAGCCCUGUUCACCAUUGGAGGAGAGACUCACCUGGUGGAGGCAAGGGGUGUGGUGAAGCCCAAAGGCCCACCGGAAUGGCUCCACCUCUGCGGGUCUUGGUCCUCCGUGCAGGGCCUGGCCUCGUUGUGGGCAGGCGGGAAAAAGGUUGCUUCCACCCCCGGAGUGGCCGAAGGACACGUCCUACCAGAUGGAGGCUCACUCCAGCUGGGACAGGAAAGGAACGGCUGCUGCCCUCUGACCCCGAGCGGCAGCGGCAACGGGGUGCCGGGGUUUGAAGCAGGGUUCGACCCCAAGCUGGCAUUUGCGGGAACGAUGACGGGGGUGAAUAUGUGGGACAAAGUGCUGCCGGAGGAGAAGAUCGUCCAGCUGGCUUCGAAAGAGGGCCUUGGCUCCGAGCAGAGGGGGAACAUCGUAGCGUGGGGGGUGACGGAGAUGGUGCCACAUGGAGGUGCUCAGUUUAUCAACUAAAAUCCACUCUCUGACAUUCAUCAGCGUUGUCCUUCAAGAUCCCAAACAUCAUAAUCUGCUUUCAUGCUAAAACUGAGAAAACGUCACCUUUCUGCAAAUACUUUUUCUACGACAACAGUUUCAACAGAGGCCGUCGCUCGCACAUGUUGCUUGCUGUGACGCACAGACAUUGUCAAGCAUUCGUCUUGGAAAGCGUGUGUUUCGUAGCAGGAAAUGUGCUGCAAGCGAUGUUUACCAAAGACCGAAUGAGGGUGAAAAAAGGAGACCGUUGUUAAAGUCAGCAAGUUCUGAGCCAAUAAAUAAAAUCCACUCAGCAGAUACAGGAGAGGGAAACCGGUGGUCAAAAAGAAAUGAAAUGUUUUAAUUGCAGACCAGUGAAUUUCCUUUUAAAGUUACUCAUUCAUUCAUCCUUUCAUUUUCCGCACCGCUUAUGCUCACUAGAGUGCCUAUCCCGGCUGACUUCGGGUGAGACGUGGGCUGCAUCUCGAACUGGUCGCCAGCCAAUCGCAGGGCAUGUAGAAUAAUUCACACCAAGCGCAAUUUAGAGUCUUCAAUUAAACUAGUAUGCAUCUUUUUCGGAUGAGGGAGGAAACGGGAGUACCCAGAGAAAAUGCAUAAAGGCGAGGCCGUAUUUGAACUCGCAACCUCUGAACUGUGAUGCCGAUAGGCUAACCAGUUUUUCCAAUGUAUCACAUCGAGUUGAAUCACACACAGCAAAUGUUGUUAAUUGCAUCAUUGUCAUCUUUUGACAUUUGAAACCUGGUGUUAGCUUUACCAAACUAAGCAUAAUACCGAGCAAGCGCUUUGCGAUGUCGUUUAGCCACGUGUUCCGGCCAAUACUUGCGACUGAAAACUGCUGUGUAUGCUUACCGUCAGCUGACGCUAGACAUAACUUCAAAUUGGAGAAGCUGUAUUAGCAAUAUUGUGUUUUCUUUCCUUUUUCACCUCACUAAGAUUAAAUUGUCAAUCCCCUACAAUGCUUUGUGUUCAUCAACAUGUUUACAUUCCCAUUAGUCAUUCUAUGUCUGCUUUGUCAGCGUUUCACUACUUUUUACACAUAUUGUAAUAUGCUUUAGCAUUUUUUUUUUGCAUUGCAAUGUUACAUUGUUAUACAGUAUUUGUCAUUUGAGGUGGAAAUGUUGUUUUUAUAAAAAUGAGGGCAAUGUUUACGUUUGGCCUUUUGUGAAUUCAGUUGUCUUGUAUAUAGAAAAUACUGUACAUUGAAUUUGGUGUCCCUGGCAAUGUUAACAGGUGAAAAUGAAUGUAUUUUGUACAUAAAUGUAUUUUUUCAUAAGAUAGUUGGUUGAACACAGAGUGUGGUAUGAAUAAACCUAUAAUAGCAUAA